UCGGAGAAAGAGGGGAAAUGGAUAGUCAAGAUGGGUUAGGGUACGGGUCGGGUCAGAAAACCUACGCAGUUGAUCGGAGGACGGGAAUAGUGAGUGGUCAGAUGUACGGGACUCAGGAUUUUCCGCCGGGGGAAGUAAACGCGCGUAGGAGCAACGCGUCUUCGACAAAGCCGUCUUGGGGUUUAAGCGAUGCGGAGAUGAAGAGGAAGAAGAGAAUGGUUGCGAGGUACAAAGCUUAUACCGUUGAAGGAAAAGUUAAGUCGACUUUGAAGAAUGGUUUCCGAUGGAUCAAGAACAAAUGCUCUCACAUUGUCCAUGGUUUUUGACUUGGAGUUUUGUUAGCAACACAUCUUAAUGCAUCCCGGCCACCCUAAUAAUUAAAGCCAAAUUGUGUUUUGUCAAAAUAUAUAGAAUAUGAAUCUUCUUUAUAAUCCUACUUGACUGGAAAGGGAGACUCUGUAUUCUGUAUGCUUUUACUUUUUGCAUCCACACUGGUGGAUUUGUUGUGGCCUUAUAUAUUUAUACACCUCAGUGAAACGAUGUCUUCUCAAAACUAGUCCAUGUCA